UUUGCAUUGUAAUACAAAUUUGGUAUUUUUGCAGCAACAGCGUGCGACACACUUAAUCGCAGACCGGCAUUUACGAGUGUAAAAUUUCCACGUAAUUCGUUAGCAAGUGCGCGGACUCUGUUUUUAAUAUGCAGCAAAAAAAUUUACAAUUAAUGCUAUUUGCCUUAUUAAUAUAUGCACUAAUCAGUGUUCAAAGCGUUGAUGUACCUCGGCCUCGCGGCGUUUCUUUAGUAAAGGCUGCCCUCUAUCAACCGCAACCGGAUGGAAAAUGGAACUGCAUCGAUGGAAGCAAAACAAUACCAUUUACGCAGAUAAAUGAUGAUUACUGUGAUUGCGCCGAUGGCAGCGAUGAGCCCGGCACCGCGGCCUGUCCCAAUGCGCAGUUCCAUUGCCUUAACAAGGGUCACCAGCCCGUGGACAUUCCCAGCUCUCAGGUGCAGGACGGGAUCUGCGACUGUUGCGAUGGCAGUGACGAAUUGGAGCAGUCGCGAUGUGAAAACACGUGCAUUGCUUUAGGUGCCGCCGCCGCCAUUCAACGUCGUAACGAAGCGGAACUGCAUAUGAAAGGCGCUGAGAAACGGCAGGAGAUGAUUAACCGUGGCAAACAAAUGAAAGCGGAUCGGUCCGCACGUCGUUCCGAGCUGAAUGCGCGCAUCAAGGAGCAAGAGUCACUCAAAGCUGAAAAGGAGCAGCUCAAGCAGAAUGCCGAAGCGCUAGAAACGGAGGCAGUUGAAGCCUUCAAGGAGCAACAGCGUGAAUUGGAUGCGAACACGGCGCAGGCGGAACAAGAGCCCCAACAAAUGCGGCAGGAGGCAUCGCUCACCUUUGUGCGCUACGAUACCAACAAAGAUGGCUUUGUGGAGGUCACCGAACUUAUGGUGGACAUGAAUCUCGACCGCGAUCGUAACGGCGUUGUCACUGUUGAAGAAGCCAAAUAUUUCCUGGAUGAACGCGAUCGCAUGGAUUUGGAUGCCUUUAUCACUUUGGCCUGGCCACGUAUUAAGCCGCUGAAAAUGUUAGCUGAUGGACUCUUCCAGCCACCAGUUGAGGAGCAAGCGCCGCAGCAAGAGACAGCAAAGGAUGCAGAGCAGCAGGAUCCUGAGCCAUCUGAAGAACAAGCGGACAUGGACGUGCCCGAUGAUGAGGAUGGUGAAGAUGAGUACGAGGAUGAAGAGCCCGAUGUGGGCGUUGGCGAGGCUACGCCUGAUAUAGAAACAACGACAGCUGCACCUAUUUACGAUCCGGAAACUCAGCGUCUGAUUGAGCAGGCGAACGAGGCGCGCAAUGCUUAUGAAGAAGUAGCUCGACAAAUACGUGAAAUCGAGCACGAAAUCAAGGAGAUUGACGAUCAGGAGAGCAAAGACUACGGACCCAAUGAGGAGUGGUCAGUGCUGGAUGGCGAGUGCUAUAGUUUUGAGGAUCGUGAAUAUGUCUACACGCUUUGCCCCUUCGAUCGGGUGUCGCAGAAGCCGCGCAACGGCGGCGUCGAAACCACUUUGGGGCGCUGGGAUCAAUGGGCGGGCGAGGGCUCCAAUAAAUAUAGCAGACAAAAGUAUGCACAAGGCGCUGCCUGCUGGAAUGGACCUCAGCGCUCGGCCAUUAUCAAUAUCAAGUGUGCGUUGGAGCCGCGUAUCACAGCGGUGAGCGAACCAAAUCGUUGCGAAUACUAUUAUGAAUUUGAGACGCCUGCCGCUUGCGAUAGCGAUGCUUACACAGCCUCUGCACAGAGCCAACACGAUGAGCUUUAAGAGAAACAAUCUAGC